AUGGCGGUUGCAUUAGACGACGUCAGGGCGUACACAAAAGUAACGAGCAUGAGUCUGCGGGGUCGAAAUCCCUACGCCUACGUGAUCACCGGACUUUACUUCCCCAACCUCUCCGACGACCUUGUGAAAACCGUCGGAGAAAACCAAACAUCCGAGUGGCAAGCAUAUUUCAUUCAAAAUGCAGAACGAUUUGCUAGCCAAGCCUAUGCGAAAGGCAAUUCACCAAAGUGCUCCGUCUGA